GCCGACUUCCGGUGCGCGGAGCGGCGGCGGCGGCGGCGGGGACGGCCCAGCACGAUGCUGUUCCCGCGGCUCCUGCUGUGCCUGAGCGUGUGGGCGCUGUGCGGCUCCGCCAAGCCCACGGAGCGCAAGGAGCGCGUGGUGCGCGAGGCCCCACUCAGCGCCCGCGAACACGACGAUGCCCAGAGCUUCGACUACGACCACGACGCCUUCCUGGGCGCCGACGAGGCCAAGAGCUUCGACCAGCUCACACCGGAGGAGAGCAAGGAGCGCCUGGGGAAGAUUGUAGGGAAAAUAGAUGAGGAUGGAGACGGGUUCGUGACAGUGGAGGAGCUCAAGGCCUGGAUCAAGUUUGCCCAAAAGCGCUGGAUUUACGAGGACGUGGAGCGCCAGUGGAAGGGCCAUGACCUCAAUGAGGACGGGCUGGUUUCCUGGGAGGAGUAUAAAAAUGCCACCUAUGGAUAUAUCCUGGACGAUCCGGACCCUGAUGACGGCUUCAACUACAAACAGAUGAUGGUGCGGGAUGAGCGGCGCUUCAAGAUGGCCGACAAGGAUGGGGACCUGGCAGCCACCAAGGAGGAGUUCACGGCCUUCCUGCACCCUGAGGAGUACGACUACAUGAAGGACAUUGUUGUGCAGGAAACCAUGGAGGACAUUGACAAGAAUGGCGAUGGUUUCAUUGACCUGGAGGAGUACAUCGGUGACAUGUACAGCCAGGACGGUGACGCUGAUGAGCCCGAGUGGGUGAAGACAGAGCGGGAACAGUUUGUGGAAUUCCGGGACAAGAACCGGGAUGGGAAGAUGGACAAGGAGGAGACCAAGGAUUGGAUCCUGCCCUCAGACUAUGACCACGCCGAGGCCGAAGCCCGGCACCUCGUCUAUGAGUCUGACCAGGACAAGGACGGGAAGCUGACGCGGGAGGAGAUCGUGGACAAGUCGGACCUGUUCGUGGGCAGCCAGGCCACGGACUUCGGGGAGGCGCUGGUGCGGCACGACGAGUUCUAGGCUCGACACCGACACCUAUUUGUGGGCUCCGUCCCUCGCCGAGGCCGUUCCUGCCGCGGAGAAACCCCAUCCCGGCUCCCGGGGAUGGGGCUCGGGAAAGCCACACUCCCCCGGCACUUGGGGCUCGUCUUGUUGUGGGUUUUCCCCGGGUUUUAAUGACUUUUGGGUUAUUUUUGUAUGUUUUGGUUUUACCACGUGUGGAAACAGCUCCCCUGGCGCGGGGGCAGCGAUGGGGCUGCCCAGGGCUGCGGGGCCCGGGGGCCUGGGGGGGAAUGGGAAAUUCACAGAGGGAUUGGGAUUGGAAUUGCCGUUGGAAUAAAAAUUAGAAUUGGAA